AUGCAUGCGCAUGAACCGGAGUACCUGGUGAAGUGGGCCGGCCGCGCCCACGUCCACAACGAGUGGGUGCGCGAGAGCAGCCUGCUGGGCAUCGCCCGCAGGAAGCUGCUCAACUUCAAGAAGCGCCAUGGCGACGCGCCCUGCGACUUGUCGGAGCCCGAGUGGUCCAUCCCCGAGCGCCUCGUCGCGCGGCGGCCCGCGCUGGGGUCCCCCGGCUGGGAGGUUCUGGUGAAGUGGCGCGGCCAGGGCUACGACGCUUGCACCUGGGAGCCCGACGGCAGCGGCCCCCUGAUGCAGCCCGAGCGGCUGCCGCUGCACCUGCAGCUUUGGGCCCGCCAGCGGCGCGCGCUCGAGCGUGCGGGCGAGGCGGGGCGGGCGGCGGCGGCGGCGGCGGAGGCGCGGGCGCAGCAGCAGGGUGUCCCCGAGCUGACGUCCCAACCGGAGUGGGUGCGCGGCGCGGCCCUCAUGCCGCACCAGCUGUCGACCCUGAACUGGCUGCGCGCGAUGUGGGCGCGCCGCCAGAGCUGCGUGCUGGCCGACGAGGCGGGGUGCGGCAAGACGGCCACCGUGGCGGCCCACCUGGCGGGCCUGAUCGCGGACUGCAAGGCGGCCGCGCCGGCGCUGGUGGUGGUGCCCCUCUCCAUGCUGCCCUUCUGGGAGGGCGAGCUGGCGUUCUGGCUGCCCGAGGGCGCGAACAUUGUGGCCUACAGCGGCAGCGUCGCGGCGCGCAAUGCGCUGCACGACCACGAGCUCUGGCUGCAGGCAUCGAGCAUGGACGGGAAGGUCGGCCACUCGGCGGUCCUCACCGCCGCUGCCCGCGGCGCCGCGUCUGGCGGGCGCGUCCCCAAGCCCGACGUCGUCCUCACCACCUACGAGGCCGCGUCCUCGGACCUGCACGCGCUCCGCGCGCUGCCCUGGUGCGCCGUCGCGCUGGACCUGCGCCAGCGCAGCCGCAGCGCGGCCGGCAAGGCGCACGCGGCGCUGCAGGAGCUGACCGCGGGGUCGGGCGUGCAGCGGCUGGUGCUGACGGGCCACAGGGCGCGCGGGCGCGGGCCGGACGAGCUCUUCAACGUGGCGGCGCUGGUGCGGCCGGCGGGGUGGGAGGAGGCGGGGGAGGCGCUGCCAGAGGGGCUGGACGACCCGGAGGCGCAGGUGGGCGGUUGA